GUUUUUAGCCAACACUACGUUCCAUGGGCUCAGUGGCCACAUCAAAGUAAAAGGUUCUUCCAUCAUUAGUUCAGAAAACAAAUUCUUCAUUUGGAAUCUUCAGCAUGACCCUGUUGGGAACCCAAUGUGGACUCGCUUGGGGAGUUGGCAAGAAGGCAAGGUUGUCAUGGAUUAUGGGAUCUGGCCAGAGCAGUCUCAGAGGCACAAGAAUCACAACCAGCAUCCAACUAGGCUACAUCUGAGGGUGGUGACACUCAUUGAACAUCCCUUUGUCUUCACCAGGACUGUGGAUGAUGAAGGAUUGUGUCCUGCAGGACAACUCUGCCUGGAUCCCUUGACCAAUGAUUCAGCUAUGCUGGAUGCUCUUUUUGAAAGUCUCCAAGGAGGCAACGACACAAUGCCCACCAAAUUUAAGCAGUGUUGCUAUGGCUACUGCAUAGACCUAUUAGAAAGGUUGGCUGAAGAUAUGAACUUUGAUUUUGACCUGUAUAUCGUCGGUGACGGGAAAUAUGGUGGUUUGAAAAAUGGCCAGUGGACAGGAUUGGUUGGUGAUCUUCUGGCUGGGACAGCCCACAUGGCUGUGACAUCCUUCAGCAUCAACACAGCCCGUAGCCAAGUGAUUGAUUUCACCAGCCCUUUUUUUUCCACCAGUUUGGGCAUCCUGGUGAGGACCAAAGACACAGCUGCUCCUAUAGGAGCAUUUAUGUGGCCGCUCCACUGGACCAUGUGGCUGGGCAUCUUUGUAGCUCUACACAUCACUGCAAUCUUCCUGACUCUGUAUGAAUGGAAGAGCCCCUUUGGAAUGACUCCAAAGGGUAGAAACAGGGAUAAGGUUUUCUCCUUUUCCUCUGCUUUGAAUGUCUGUUAUGCCAUCUUGUUUGGGAGGACAGCUGCCAUCAAACCUCCAAAGUGCUGGACGGGAAGAUUUCUAAUGAAUCUCUGGGCCAUAUUUUGUUUAUUUUGUCUCUCCACAUACACUGCUAAUCUGGCUGCUGUUAUGGUGGGAGAGAAAAUCUAUGAAGAAUUGUCUGGAAUACAUGACCCCAAG